AUGGGAAACGGCUGGGACGAAGAGAACCAACACGGCCGGCCGGAGGAGCUCAUCACGAGCGUCCCCGCCGGCCUGCCGCAGCGUCCCCUCACCACGGAAGAGAAACUCGCGGCUACGCGCAUCGAUGUCGAUUCGCAGAUCCGUGAAGACAAUGGCAUCCUGUCCAAACUCCGGGAUUUCGAGGCCUUGCUCGACAGGAAGCUUGGAGUUGAGAGCGAAGCCAUCGACCGCAAACGCCCCGAGGACAAGAAGCCAGUAUCGUGGCAUUCGCAGCUGAACAUGGCGCUGCUCUGGGCGAGCGGGACGAUGAAUGUUUCUUGCUUCGCGACGGGGUUUCUCGGGUAUGAGUUUGGGCUGGAUCUGAAGCAGUCGAUCCUCAUCAUCAUCUUUGCAUCCCUCCUCGGCGGCGCGAUCAGUGGCUUCAACGCGACCAUGGGCCCUGCGACGGGACUCCGGCAGAUUUCGAUUGGGCGGUAUAGUAUGGGGUGGUAUCCAAAUAAGAUUGUCGCGGCGUUGAAUACCGUGCAGCAGAUUGGGUGGUCUGCUGUGGGGUGUAUCACGGGUGGACUGGCUCUCACGGGGGUUUCUGAUGGGGCGAUCAGUAUUAUUCCCGGAAUCAUCAUCAUCGCGGUGUGCAGUCUCGCGGUCAGUUUCGUGGGCUUGAGGGCGAUUUUGGUUUAUGAGAAGUAUGCCUGGCUGGUGUACUUCAUCAUCUUCAUGAUCAUCUUCGGCGAGACGGGACGCUACGCAGACAACACCACGCCCUCGAAACUCACCGGCGCAGACCUCUCAGGCGAAGUCCUCUCUCUCCUCGCUGUCGUGUAUGGAUCCUCCGCCUCCUGGGCGACCAUCGCGAGCGACUACUACGUCCACUACGCCGUCAACACGUCCCGCACCAAAGUCUUCCUCAUGACGACCUUCGGCAUCGCAAUCCCCACCUCCAUCGGCAUGACCGCCGGCGCCGUCGUCUCCUCGGCCUUCAACAACCGUCCAGACUGGAAAGACACGUACGAGAACAAAGGCAUCGGCUUCCUCAUCGACACCAUGCUCUACCCGCACGGAUUCGCCAAGUUUAUUCUGGUCUUGUUGGUUCUGAGCGGCAUCAACAUGAACAUCAUCAACACGUACAGCGCGGCGAUUUCCUGCCAGCAGUUUUCGCGGCCGUUUAGCAAGAUUCCGAGGUUUAUCUGGACGAUUGCGUGUUUUGGGGUGAUCAUUGCGUUGGCGUUGGCUGGGAGGGAGAAGUUGAAUGCCUAUUUGCAGAACUUCCUUGCUUUGCUCGGCUACUGGUGCACCUCCUACUUCGUCAUCGUCUUCACCGAACACGUCCUCUUCCGCAAAGGCAACUUCGCCAACUACGACCUCGAAGGCUGGAACGACCCCAAACGCCUCCCGCUCGGCAUCGCGGCGGGCACGGCGUUCGCGCUGGGCGUCGUCGCGUGGGUCAUGGGCAUGGUGGAGACGUGGUAUGUGGGACCGCUGGGCAAGUUGAUUGGAAGUUCCGGCGGGGAUGUGGCGAAUGAGUUUACGCUGGUUGUCACGGCGGUUACUUAUAUCCCCGUGAGGUGGUGGGAGUUGAGGACUUUUGGGCGGUAG